AUGAUUAUAGAGAAUACUUUAUAUUGUAAAGAAAUUCAACAUUAAUAAAAACCUAUUAUUGCAGUUUGUUUAAAUAAAGAUUGUUAAGCAGCUUCUGGAUUAUGUAUUAGUUGUUUUCCAAAGCACACAAAUCAUAAUGAUGAUUUAUAAACGAUAGAUGUAAUAAGAUAAAAACUUGAAGAAUAAAUAUAGUAUAUGAAACAAAGCUACUAAUUUUGCGAAGAAAUAAUACAGAUGAUGAAUUUAAUAAAGUUAGAGAUAACUAAGAUUAUACAAUAUAUAUUAAGUACCUAAAGAAUCUCCAACCAUGAGGAUAUUAAUAAAGUAAAAUAGAUUUUAAUUGCUUCUAAAAAUUCUCAAUUAAAUACUUCCAUUGCCAUAAAGACAUAAGCAGAAUUAAAAAAAGCCAAAGAAAUUUUAAACGAUUUAAAAAUAGCAAUGGAAUUUUCGCAAUCAAAUCUAACUGAUGGAGAGUAUCAAGAGUUUUAAGAAUGUUUAAAAUAAGCCAAUUAAGUUUACAUCUAGGGGAAGUAUCAGCAUGCAAAAGAUUUGUUUAGUUAUUGUUUAACCCUUGAUCCAAUUAAUAUUAAUUGUAAAUGGAGAAUAGGUAAGAAUAAUGAUAAUCAUCUUAGGUAUGUGCUUAAAAAUGUCGGGACUUUAUGAAUAAGCCAUUUAAAUUUUUGAUUAGAUUAUUUAAGAUAAUCCAAACUAUGUGGAGGCUAUUUGCCAUAAAGCAGAUACACUAAGACUUCAAGGCAAAUAUGAAGAAGCUUUAUAAUAUUUUGAUAGGACCCUAUCAUUAGAUGAAAAGAAUUUUAUUGCAUUAAGUUAUAAAGGUGAGACUCUAAGAAAAAUGUAAAGAUUUGCUGAAUCUCUGAUAUUUUUUGAAAAGGCUUUAGUAAUAAAUCCCAAGAAUGCUGUAACUCUAUUUGGAAAAGGUAUACUCUAUUAAUUAAAUAUUAGGGGAUUCAUUAAGAUGCUAAAGAAAAUAUGAUGAAUCAUUGAGUGCACUCAAUUAAGGAGAGCUAAUCGACCCUAAGAAUGCAUUGAUCCAAUAUUCUAAAGGUAAUUUAGAAUACUAAUUAUUUAGGUUAUACUUUGAAAGCCAAAGGGUAAAUUUAGUAAGCAAUAGAAUGCUUUUAGAAAUGUAUUGCUAUAAAUCCUUAGUAUAAAAAUUAGUUAGAAAAAGAGAUAGAAUCUUUAAAGAAUUGA